AUGACUUCUCCCGGUAACCAUCACGAUGAGCUUGCUCAAGAAAACUACCCCAACCCCUUGCUGUCUCUGGACAUCUCCAUGUUCUCCAAGGCCGGUUUCGACAUGGAACGCUUGCAAAUUAAGCGCAACAGCUCCGCUGCGGAGCUGUACGAGGAGGCCCUUGCCAAAGAAAAUGCCGUCAUUUCUUCCAACGGUGCGCUGAUCAACUUUUCUGGUAAGAAAACCGGUCGUUCUCCCAAGGACAAGCGUAUCGUCUUUGAGGAAAGCUCCAAGAACGACAUUUGGUGGGGUCCCGUAAACAUUAAGCUGGACGAGCAUACGUUCGAGAUCAACCGCGAGCGUGCGAUUGACUACCUUAACACGCGUGAUGACAUCUACGUCUUUGACGGGUUCGCCGGCUGGGACCCCAAAUACCGCAUCAAGGUCCGUGUGAUUUGCGCGCGCGCCUACCACGCGCUCUUUAUGCACAACAUGCUUAUCCGCCCCACCGUUGAGGAGCUGGAGAACUUUGGUGAGCCUGACUUUACUAUCUACAAUGCCGGCCAGUUCCCCGCUAACCGUUUUACGGCGGGUAUGACCUCGACGACCUCGGUGGAAAUCAACUUUAAGCGCCGCGAAAUGGUCAUUCUCGGUACCGAGUACGCCGGUGAGAUGAAGAAGGGUAUUUUCUCCGUUAUGCACUACAUCCAGCCUGUCAAGUUUGGCCAACUCUCGCUGCACUCGUCGUGCAACCAGGGUAAGGACGGCGAUGUGUCGCUCUUUUUCGGUCUCUCAGGCACGGGCAAGACUACGCUUUCUGCCGACCCCAACCGCUACCUGAUUGGUGACGACGAGCACGUUUGGUCCGACACAGGUGUGUUUAACAUCGAGGGUGGCUGCUACGCCAAGUGCAUUGGCCUUUCGAAGGAGAAGGAGCCCGAGAUUUUCAACGCAAUCCGCUUUGGCUCUAUUCUCGAGAAUGUUACAUACGAUUCAACCACGCGUGUGCCCGACUAUGACGACGCUAGCCUCACGGAGAACACGCGUUGUGCGUACCCGAUUGACUUUAUCCCCAAUGCCAAGAUUCCUUGCAUUGCGGACAAGCAGCCUUCGAAUGUGAUCAUGCUUACGUGUGAUGCCUACGGUGUGCUUCCGCCCGUUUCUAAGCUUUCUUCGGAGCAGGCGCAGUACCACUUUAUUGCUGGCUACACUUCCAAAACUCCGGGCACUGAGGACGGUGUUGUGGAACCCUCGCCUACCUUCUCGACCUGCUACGGCCAGCCCUUCAUUGUGCUCCAGCCGCAGCGCUACGCGACGAUGCUUGCGGAGCGCAUGUCGAACGUCAAGUGCGACGCUUACCUCGUCAACACUGGCUGGACCGGCGGCAAGUUUGGCGUCGGUCACCGCUGCCCGUUGAAAUACACGCGUGCCAUUCUCGACGCUAUCCACGACGGCACGCUCAAGAAUGCUCAGUACGAGACGUUUGCGCCGGGCGUGUUUGACCUCCAGAUUCCCACUAAGGUUGGCGACGUUCCUGCUGAGCUGCUAAACCCCAGCAGGUCCUGGAGCGACAAGGCCGGCUUCGAGACCGAGCUUGCGAAACUUGCGGGCAUGUUCUCCGAGGCCUUUGUCAAGUACGAGAAGGACGUCAAUCCCGAGGUGCUCAAGGCUGGACCCAGCUCUGCUCGCGCAUAA